UUUCUCGUAACACUAAAUUUUCAAGUCUUUCCUUUUUUCUUCAAUAUCUCUUCAAUUCUCCAUCUUCAUAUCGACGUAUGUUGGUGAAUUGAGAGAUACAAGAAGAGAAAAUCAAAAGAAGGGAUAUCGUUUCAUUUUUCAAAAAAUGGAAAACGGUGGGAUCUUACUUGAGAAACAAGUUAUCGACAUUUACAAAACCAAUAAGCCGAAACCGCCCACCACCAGGCUUCAAAAGCAUGCCCCGGCACCUCUUCAGCUCAGUCAGAUGAAGUCCAACACCACUGUUAUCGAAAAAGGGGCAACACCAAUCCCAUUGCUUACACCGUUGGCUUAUUCGCCGUGUCCGUUUUCGGAGACGCGAGAAUCCGUGUUUCCGAUCGAUGAUCACAUGGAAUCUGUGGUACAAGCACCGAUGGGGACCGCGAUCGGGUGGCAAAAUCUUCCAGUCGGAUCGGGAUACGCAGAACCUUCCACAUUGUUCUUUUUGUUUCAAAAUAAAUUUCUUAUUGUCAAUGAUGCACAGUGAUGCUUUUUUUUUGUUCUGCAUCUGUACAUCAUAUGAUUCAGUAUAUCUUUGUUUGAUGUUUUUCUUCCCCAUGAUAGCAAGCUUUCUUUGGGUGGUUUGUUGAUUCCUGUUCUAAGUA